AUGGCCACCCCCGCCCUGUUCCCUGUCCCCGGCGCCCGCGCUGCAGACAGCACCCAUGGGCGCCGUUUCCCGUCGAGGCUCGAGGACGCCGUGGGAGCCGCGUACGUCACGAGGCAGCCCUCCCGCAGCAGCGCGAUCGGUUCCCCCGGGUUCGGCACUCGACAGUCGACGGUGAACGACGAGUCCGUGCCUGUGAUGCUGGUGAUGCCCAGCUCACCCCAUCGGGCGGUCCAGCUCAGCGAGCUGGGAAAGGCAGCAUCACGGCAACGGCGCUCGCAGCUCGCCCGCAUCGGGCAGCCGGUUCCCUGUUCCCCCCAGAUCGCCAUCCCCGCGCCCGCGCCGGUGCCGAGCGGGCCAAUCCGCGCGCGCGUCCCGCAUGGCUGCGUCGGAGCCGAGGGCGUGCGACCCGGCGCCCCAGGUGCAUUCCUGGACGCGGGCGGGGACAGGACCAUCACGCCCUCGCGAUCCCAGCUGUAA